AAAAGGCAUAAAAAGGAUGGCAGGGCACUGAUGAGGCAAGUACUCCUUCUCUUACUAUUGUCAUUCCCCUGCUGGGCUGCCUCGGAACAAAUUCACUAUUCAAUCCCAGAGGAGAUGGCAAAGGGUUCCAUUGUGGGGAAUCUGGCCAAGGAUCUGGGUCUGAAUGCCAAAGAACUAGCUAAGCGCAAUCUGCAUGCUGUCUCAGUGGAUGAAAUGAAAUAUUUCAGUACCAGUGCAGAGAAUGGAAACCUCUAUGUAAAUGACAGGAUAGACAGAGAGAGAAUAUGUGGCAAAAAUCCACUUUGCUUUGUUAAUUUUGAAGUGGUGAUUGACAACCCUCUGAAUAUUUUCCAUAUAACUGUAUCAAUCCAGGACAUUAAUGAUAAUGCUCCACAGUUUCUCAGUGGCAACAUCAGCUUGGAGACAAGUGAACUCACUUUAACUGGUACUCGAUUUCUCCUUGGAAAAGCAGAAGACCCUGAUAUUGGGAUGAAUUCUCUCCAGAAUUACCAGCUCAGCCCAAAUCCAUACUUCACCCUGGAAGUAAAGGAGAGUCAAGAUGGAAAUAAAUUUGCAGGCUUAGUGCUUCAGACAACACUGGAUCGAGAAAGUGAACAGACCCUUCACUUGGUCCUUGCAGCCCUGGAUGGUGGCAAACCAAGAAAAACAGGGACCGCACAGAUAUGGAUUAAUGUCACUGAUGCCAAUGACAACCCACCCAUCUUCACUCAAGAGGUGUACCAGGUCAGUUUGCGUGAAAAUACUCCUGUAGGUUCCCUUGUGCUCCAGAUUGUAGCCUCUGAUAAGGAUGAAGGCACAAAUGCCCUAAUCAUGUAUCACUUCAGCAACAUUCCAGCAAAAGCCCAACAGAUAUUCAGUUUGGAUCCAGCUAAUGGCAAAAUCACUCUUUUGGAGUCACUGAAUUUUGAAGAAGACAAAGAAUAUAGUAUGACAGUUGCAGCAAAAGAUGGUGGAGGAUUAGUAACACAUUGCAAAGUAGAUGUACAGGUUAUUGAUGAGAAUGACAAUGCCCCAGAAGUAACCCUGAUUUCCUUGUUCAGCCCAGUUUUGGAAGAUUCUCUACCUGGAACCUUAAUUGCUCUGAUCAAUGUAAAUGACAAAGAUACUGGUGACAAUGGAAAGGUUACUUGCUAUUUACAAGAUGAUUUGCCAUUCAAGAUUCUACCCUCAUCCAACAAUUACUACAAGCUCCUGACAGACAGUGCUCUGGACAGAGAAAGAGCUCCUGAAUAUAAUAUUACAGUCACAGCCAUUGACAAAGGGAUCCCUCCUCUUUCCACACACAAAACCAUCUCCCUACAGAUCUCUGAUAUCAAUGACAAUGCUCCAACCUUUGAGAGAUCCUCCUACAGCAUCUAUGUGCCAGAAAACAAUCCUUCCGGAGCCUCCAUUUUCAGUAUGAAAGCCUCUGAUCCAGAUGUGGACCAAAACGCACGGAUCACCUACUCCAUCCUCAACAGCAACAUUGAAGAGCUCCCCAUCUCCUCCUAUAUCUCCAUUAAUUCCGAGACAGGCACACUCUACGCCCAGCGGUCCUUCGACUAUGAACAAUUCAGGGAGUUCCAGCUGCAAGUCAAGGCCCAAGACGCUGGCUCUCCCCCUCUCAGCAGCAAUGUCACAGUGAGGGUGUUCAUUCUGGAUCGGAAUGAUAACAGCCCUCGUAUCCUGUCCCCUUCACAAGAAGCCAAAGGCUCAGCCUUGUUUGAGAUGGUGCCUCGUUCGGCCGAGGCGGACUAUCUUGUGACAAAGGUGGUGGCCGUGGAUGCUGAUUCUGGACACAACGCCUGGCUCUCCUACCACCUGAUCCAAGCCACGGAGCCAGCGCUCUUCACUGUCGGUUCUCACACUGGUGAGAUCAGGACAGCAAGGGCCUUUGUGGAGAGAGAUGCUGUGAAGCAGAAACUAGUGGUUGUGGUGAAGGACAAUGGGCAGCCACCUCUCUCGGCCACCACUACUCUGAACCUGGUGUUUGCUGAGAACUUCCAGGAGGCCCUUCCGGAGAUGAAAAACCAGCCGAGCAGCUCCGACUAUCAGUCCGAUCUCCAGUUCUAUUUGGUGCUGGCCUUAGCUGUGAUGUCAUUCCUCUUCCUCUUGACAGUGAUUCUGGCCAUUAUGACGAAGCUGCGACACUCAGGGAAUCCCCAGUUCCUGCAGUGCUUUGGUCCCGUUCCCCAUUCCAAGGCCGGUGCCGUGUUUCCACCUAAUUUUGAAGAUGGGACUUUGCCUUAUUCCUACCAGCUUUGCCUCUCGUCAGAAUCCAGGAAAAAUGAGUUUUCCUUCCUGACUCCCAAUGUUCAGAUUUCAGACAAUAUUCUUAGCGGAGAGAAGUCUUCUGUGCCUUUCACAAGCAAUGAAGGAAACAAUUUACAUCCGGAGAUUGACAAUACCCCCAAGGGACCUGAUUAA